AUGGUGGCCAACACAAGAAACAAUGACAUUUCUGCCACCAAUGAUGGUCCCGUGAUGAGACUUAUCAACAAGUGCCUCGGUGCCCUCCGCAAGAAGUUGAAUCGCAUCCUCGCCAUGGAAGAGACAUCAAACGGUGAUGUGUUCGAGAAGUCCCAUGACGAGUUGGACUUUGAAUUCCUAGACAAGGCACUGAAGUGGUAUGAUAGAUUAGCAAUUUCAAUUGGAGUUGCCAAAGUUGUGCACCUUUUACACAUUGGAGUUAUACCGGGUUGCUUUAGAAACCAAUUAAAGACAAACAAUAUUUUACUUGAUGAGCAUCACAUUCUCAGACCAAGUGACUAUGGUAUGUCCAUGAUUGCUGAGGAGAUCAAAUACCUUGAGGCAAAGGGAGAAAAUCCAAAAUCAUGGUAUGUAUACUAG